AUGGAAUUCAACUCGCCGCAACCAGAGCACGCUCAAUUGAGCACAGUGGUGCAUCCCAAGGGCACGUCGCGGCUGCUGGCCGCGCUGCACCAGCAGGUGGUGGGCGCUAUGGCGCCGCGCAGUGGCGGGCCGGGGCUCGGGGGCUGCAGCAUCGACAGUGCGCUGGACGAACAUUUGAUCCCCUCCCCCCCUCUCUCGCCCAAGAUGAGCUCCGUGGAUGAGGGCAGUGCGGCGCCUGCAGCGCCUGUGGCACCACAGGUACCUGCUGAGUCGACCACUGCACUGUGGGUGAAACCAGACUGGGAAAGUUCCCGGUCGCCGGAGAGCUACCGCAGCGCCACCAGUGGGUUUUUGUCGCAGUACAGAUGUUUCGACUUCAUGCGCACCAAGCGGUACACGCAUCCUAACAACAAGACUUUGCGGAAAACACGCAACUACACAUGUUCUCCAAACUACACUUCGGGAGGAUCCGACUUCGAGAAGGUGUACAGAACCAGGCGGUCGGUCAAAAACGCCGAGAAUCCUAGGACCGCAAGGGGCCAUGCCCCUGCCUUCCAGGAAGAUUUCACGCGUCAUGGCAUGCCCUCAAGACCUGCCACACCCACCAAUCGCAACACACACCGCAAAGUCAAUUCGGUCACUUCUCCACUGGGUUCUUCCGCAGUUUUGGGCGCACCGCAAUACGUGCCCAACAUGAGCUGGGAAAAACUCCCCGACUACAGCCCACCCCUCUCCACACUUCCUGCUAACAACAAGUGCUUGAAAGUUGAGUGGAAGGGCUCCUCUAUGGACCUUUCUGCGGAUCCCCUGCGGCAUCUGCUUCAUCCAGCGGAGCUGCAGCUCGCCCAGAUACUUCGGCUGCCUUGUGACUUGUACUUGGACUCCAAGAGAAGACUAUUCGUGGAGAAGGUUCACCGUUUGAAGCAGGACCUGCCUUUCAGGCGGACGGACGCCCAGAAGGCUUGCCGAAUUGACGUCAACAAGGCGUCAAGACUUUUUGCGGCAUAUGAGAGGAUUGGCUGGUUGGAAGACGAGAACUUCGAGAGGUUUUUUUGA